AUGGAAAAUAUUUUUGGAUUAAUCCUAAUUCUGAUCACAAUAUUAUCUUCACAAGGAUAUCAACAAUUUGGCAAGGAUUGUGGUGAUAUUUCGUGCGAACCGGGCCAAAGAUGUAUUAUAUACGAAGUACAUUGCAAUAAUACCCAAGACAUGAAACGCCUUUUAUGUGGAAAAUAUCCAGAGUGCCAAACAGAUCAGCCCGGCAGGGACUUCACCAUCGACACCACACUGACCAUCGCCAACACCCGCAGUAGCAUCAUCAUACCCAGCACCAGCACCACCCGAAAUCAGAAGCCCAAGGAUACGGACUUUGAGCUGCUAACUGAUUUCAGCAAUCCAAAUCCUUUGGCCACCCACGCCGGACAACGUCAGACCAAUGUCCUGGUCAUUGUGCAGGAUGGCUCACAACAGCCCCAGCAGCCAAAUCCCUGGCUCAAUCCGGGUCAGAGUCCACCCUGCCAAGUCAGUCCUUUGUAUCCUUAUGCCUGCAAUUAUCCAAGCUAUGGCCUCAAUCCCGGAAUGGGAUUACCCACCUAUCCGCAGGCUCGAGCAGCAAAUAGGCCACAAUUGGUGCCGCCCACACCGCCCUGCUACUACAAUUGUUAUCCUGCCAGAACAGGAGCAAGUUCUUAUUCUCAAUAUGGUUAUCCUUUGGCUAGAUCAGCCAGUCCUGCAUCAAUGAAUAAUAAUUAUUUGAUGUAUUUGACCCUAGCUGGUUAG